AUGCCCUCCCCCACCGACGACGAGACCUCGUUCCCCUCGCUCAAUGGCUCCGCAUCUCUCCACGCCUUCGGCCGCUCCCACCUCUCGCCCGACGAUGCCUUCGUCUCGCCCCCGCGUCCCCUUCGGAGCGAGCGCAGCAGGAGUCGCAGGCGGAAGCGUCCGUGGAAGAAGCUGAUGUGGGUGAAGCAGUCGUACCCUGACAACUACACCGACCAAGCAACUUUUCUCGAAAACCUCCAACUCAACCCCCGACUAAAGCCAUACGAUUUCUGGCCCCUCGUUGCCGACUCGACGGUUAUCCUGCAACAUGUCUGCUCCGUCAUCAUCUUCAUCGUUUGCUUCGUCGGCAUCUUUCAGUUGCGCGUGUCACCCGUCUCAGUCACCAGCUGGAGCAGUGGUGCCACAUUCGUGGGCUGGAUUCUAUGGGAGCGCUGGCUAUCCGAGGCCGACGACCGCGACGAGCUAGGAGGCGUGGGUGGCACUGUGACGGGGAGAUCAGGCAGCAUGAGGCGACCAGGUCGUGCUGGCAGUAUUAGGCGUCCUCCAUUGCGGGUUGACUCUGCGCCAUCGACUGUCCCUUCAGCUGCAAGUUCGACGACCAACCUGCAUCUCGCGGUUCGGCGGCCUCAAUCUGGGUCGACGACCUCUCUGGCUUCGCACAAUGGCAGCGGCCUCUCGCAUACGCCCCGAACGAGCCAAGAACACCUCCCCGAACUUCCGCCUCCUUUUCCAGUGGAAGAGAAUCGCUCCCACCAGAGGUUGGAAACCAUCAAGUCAGCGCUACUCAUCUACUGCACCCUUCUCGGACUCAGCCCCAUACUCAAGUCUCUGACGCUGUCCACCUCCAAGGACAGUAUCUGGGCCAUGUCCUUCUGGCUGCUUGCCAUGAACAUCUUCUUCUUUGACUACUCAGGAGGCGUGGGUGCCAAGUUUCCUGCUUCUCUAUCGACCAAUGCUGCGCUCAUGGCUUCGACCGUGCUAGCCAGCCGGUUGCCCUCUACGAAGCAUGUCUUUAGUCUGACCCUCUUCAGCAUUGAGGUUUUUGGUCUGUUCCCAGUCUUUCGGCGCUACGUCCGGCACCGCAGCUGGAAAUUCCAUGUGCUGUUAUCCGUCUUGCUGGUGCUGGGGGCCGGUCUCGGUGUCGGUUUGAUCCUGGGCGACACCAAGGGAACAGGUGGAUGGCCAUGGAAGAGUGGCUUCGUGGGUAUGGUCGUGGGAGUAUUGAUCGCCGUGCUGGCCACGGGAGGGUGCAGUUGGUGGCUCAUUGGGCUGCAAAAGUACAAGAAUGAGAUACGAGGACCAUGGGAUCCAGCGAGGCCGAUAAUCAUGAGCAGACCCCGCUGGGAUGAGGAUUCAUAG